AUGGCGUCAACAGGCAAAACCAAAGCCGUAGCUCUUCCAACCCCCAUUUCAAGCGCUAAUGGCCAACAAGGAGCUGGAGCAAAGGGAGCAGCAGCAGCAGCAGCAGCAGCAGUGGAUCAGCAUUCGUCACCGGUCGACAAGGAUCGAUUUGUGCUCAAGUUGAACCAGCUCGCAGAGAGUCGUAGUCCCUAUGUCCGUGGUCAUGUGAACAAUCCGGUUCACUGGCAGCUAUGGACAGAAGAAACGCUGGCCCUUGCGAAGAAACACAACAGAAUAGUGUUUGUCAGUAUUGGGUAUGCAGCUUGUCACUGGUGCCAUGUUAUGGAACGUGAGAGCUUCGAGAACGAAGAGGUCGCCCGUGUCCUUAACGAGCAUUUUAUCCCGAUUAAGAUCGACCGAGAAGAGAGGCCAGAUAUUGAUCGUAUCUACAUGAACUUUGUACAAGCUACCACAGGCUCUGGCGGGUGGCCACUCAAUGUCUUCCUCACCCCAGAUCUACAGCCCGUCUUCGGCGGAACAUACUGGCCAGGCCCACGCGCUGGGGGCGCAGUAGGGGAACAAAUUGGCUUCCUAGAGGUUCUGGAGAAGAUCGUGAAGGUUUGGAAAGAACAGCAGCAGAAGUGCCUGAUGUCUGCAAGUGACAUCAUGAAGCAAUUGAAAGACUUCACAGACGAAGGUUUGAAAGGUGGCGAGGGCGAGGGUCUUGAAUUGGACCUGCUGGAAGAGUCUUAUCAACACUUUAUGGCCCGCUAUGACCCAGUAAAUGGUGGGUUCGGGAGUGCUCCCAAGUUCCCUACUCCCGUCAACCUAGCUUUCCUUCUACGGUUGGGUACAUUCCCAGCUACAGUGCAAGACAUCGUUGGUGAAAUGGAGUGUCGCAACGCAAAGUCCAUGGUGAUAGCAACUCUUGAGAAAAUGGCGAGCGGGGGUAUCCACGAUCAUAUUGGUCAUGGAUUCUCCAGAUAUUCUGUGACUGAGAACUGGAGUUUACCCCACUUUGAGAAGAUGCUUUAUGACCAAGCACAGCUUCUGAGUAUUUAUCUUGAUGCCUGGUUGGUAACCAGUUCUGAAAAGCUGCUUGAUGCUGCCAAGGAUAUUACGGAUUACAUCUGUUCAGACGCGUUAAAGAAUCCCGGGGGAGGUUUCUUCUCUUCGGAGGAUGCGGACUCUCUUUAUAGGAAAACAGAUACAGAGAAGAGAGAGGGAGCAUUCUACGUCUGGACAAGGAAAGAGUUCGAUACGAUCCUUGGAGAGCAAGAAGCCUCUAUAUGCGCCAAGUACUGGAACGUCCAUCGUGAUGGAAACGUUGACCCUGAGCAAGAUCCACAUGAUGAGUUUAUUGCCCAAAACGUUUUGUCCGUUGUUUCGAACGUGGAGAAGCUCAGCCAGAUGUACGGGAUGGGUCCCGAGAAGAUAAGUGGCAUAAUUAGCACCUCCCGCAAGAGGCUAUUGGAACACCGUUUGAAAGAAAGGUCAAGACCCAACCUAGAUGACAAGAUCAUCACAAGCUGGAACGGACUGGCAAUUGUUGGGCUUGCCAAGGCCGCUGCCACUUUGGCUGAAGUCGACCCGGCACGGGCUAAGACUUGUCUUAAGAAUGCCGAAGAGACAGUUGCAUUCAUCAGGAAAAACCUCUACGAUGAGAAGACUGGUAUCCUGAAAAGAGUCUACAGAGAAGGCCCGGGAGAAACACCAGGAUUCGCGGACGAUUAUGCGUUUUUGAUUUCCGGAUUGUUGCAUAUGUACGAGACAACCUUUGACGUGAGCUAUCUGCAGUGGGCAGAUAGGUUACAAAAGAAGCAGAUUGACCUUUUCUGGGACCCUGAAAAUGGCGGGUUUUUCUCCACCAGCGAGAAUGCAUCAGAUCUAAUUUUGAGACUUAAAGAUGGACUUGAUUCCCAAGAGCCAUCCACCAACGGUGUCUCUGCAAACAACCUUUUCCGCCUAGCUACAAUCCUUGGAGAUUCAAGUCUUGAAGAGCUCGCCCAGAAGACAUGCUCCGCAUUCUCACCGGAGCUCUUACAGCAUCCGUUCCUGUUCUCAUCAUUGAUGCCAUCGAUAGUGGCCUCAAAUCUGGGCAUGCGCUCUGUCGUUCUUGCUGGUAAUCCGGAAGAGCCAACACUUGCAGCGCACCUGAAGCAUUUGCGAAAGAAGCUAUUGACAAACACAACGAUCGUACAGCUUGAUCCCGCAAAGAAGGACUCGCUAGAUUGGUUACUCAGGAGAAACUCUUUGCAUGAUGCGCUUUUGAAGAGGGCAGCUAGGAAAGGCGGAAAACCUGUAGUCCAGGUUUGUGAGGGUACAAAAUGCUUGGACGCAUUCGAGAUGAGCGAUAUUGAGAGUGUUCUUGAGGAAUUGGGCUGA